CAGGGUGCGUAGGUUCUUCCCAAUUCACCUGGGAGUACCACUCGGCGCACGUUAUCAAUGCUCCUCAUUUCCCGAAUCGAAAACAAUAUAAAAACACGGAACUGUUUGGUUCAUGCUAUUCCGAACGAACGAAGCCUCUCUCUUAAUGUCUCUCUCUCGAUUUCGGCUCCCGAACAGAUCAUCCAUGACGCUGUCCGUCCAAAUCCACGCCUAACCCACGUUGGUUCUUCGCGAAUCACCUCGACCAUCUCCUGAUCUCACCCCAUCUCUCAAUCUCUCCCCCACAGAUUCGCAGAUAAAUCAAGGGGGGAAUGGACGUAAAUUUCACGUGUUCCAAAGCGUUGCUAACAUGCACUGUGCGGGUACGUGCAUAAAGCCUUGGACGCUGACCGGGAAGCGAGGAACGGGGAGGGAGCGCCGGGAAAAUGUCGAAUCAGGUGAUGAAAGUCAGGAGAGAGACGAUUUUGGAAUGGAUGACAUGCCCGCUCUGCAACAAGCUCUUGAGAGACGCCACGACCAUAUCCGAAUGCCUCCAUACGUUUUGCAGGAAAUGCAUACAUAAGAAGCUUUCGGAUGAGGAACUAGAAUGCUGUCCAGUUUGCAAUAUCAGUUUAGGUUGUGUGCCACUGGAGAAGCUGAGGCCGGACCAUAACAUGCAAGAUUUGAGAGCCAAGAUCUGCCCUUUCAAAAGAAGAAAGGUGAGGGCACCUGAAGUUGCACCUUCUCUCACAUUACCCAUAAAAAGAAAGGAGAGAUCACUUUCAUCAUUGGUGGUCAGUACUCCCAGACUACCAGCACAGACUGCUAUGACAGGAAGAAGAUCAAGAGCUUUUGCAAGGAAGGCAUCUUCUUUACGAGGUUCCAGUUUUUCUGCUGAGAAAGCUGUUAAAAAAGAGGAAGUCUCUGUAGAAGAUCUUCCUGAGAGCUCUAGCUCACCUGAGACGCUGAACAAAUUUUCUCAGAAUCUAAAGCAGAGUUCUUCUAAUGCUGAGAUGCUCAGACAACCUAUGCCUGAAAAAGAAGCACGGUGUGAUACUGAGAACUGGGAUGGGAAAAUUGAUCUCUGGAAACCUUUGAACCAUUUAGUUGAAGUUGCAAGUAGGACCAAGUCUUCAAAGUAUAUUCCACAAGGUGCUGUUGGUAAACCAGAGUCACUGGAUUCUCCCGAUGGUGAAGUGCAUUUUUCCAAAUUGAAAGUUAGGCAACACGGAACAAAAUUGAGAGUCCAAAACAAAAAGGACAGUCUCCGUCUUGUCCCGCCAGAUUCAGUCACGCCCAAAAAGUUACAAAGAAUUCGUCCUAAGAAGGCAGCUCCUUCUAGGGAAUUUAGUGUUUCUCCACAAGAUGUACUAGAUGCUGUUGGUGCUAGAGGUGAAAGAAGAAUUAAUCCAAUUUGGUUCUCACUAGUGGCUUCUGAAGAUCAGGAAUGCCAUGCACCCCUGCCUCAAAUACCUGCAAAUUACUUGAGAAUAAAGUGGAAAUCAGAUGUUUGGGUCAACCAGUUGUCCCCACACUGCAACUGCACAGUUUAGUCGAUCUAUGGCUGCAGACUAGUCCAACAUCAGAAAGGGUGCGAGCAGCAAUUGGCUCCUCUGCCAAGGAUUUUGUGAUGGUGUUGACUUAUGCUCGCAAGGUUCCUCCUUCCUAGAUCAUAUAUUUCCUCCAUACUUUCUUGCGCCAGAUUCCUCAAGCAAGAAACUACAUCACCUGUAUUCCAUCAGAGGUUUCGGCCAUUUCUUAACAACUGUUACAAUUGCCAGGUCUCGAUCACAGUGCACUGCAGUAGGGUAGAUGCGUGAACCAGAAGAGCACCUUGUGAUGAAACGAACAACCUUGUUGGCUGAUGCAUCAACUUCUGAGGUCAACCACUUGUAUAUAUAUAUACACACACACAUAUGUAUGUCUGCAUUUGUUGUUCAUUUUAUGUGAAAUUUGGCAUUGUUGGCUUGUUUUUGUUGUCACAUUUUGACUCCUGUCUAGGACUGUAACUUAACAAGAACCGAAUUCUCUUUCUUGCUCGUGCAUUUGAUCAUACAUUCAUACCUAUAGAAGUGCCUUUUUCUUGUGUUGUUCAA